AUGUCGGUUUGGACUCCGUUUACCGGUGGGCAGAUGGAGUAUUGGCGUCAAGUGAGAGAAUCCGGGGGUUUCAAUUUGGAAGGUAUCUCAGUACCACGUGGUACAACUGGAUUGAUGUCGUACGACUGUGAACGCGAGGAUGUUAGAUAUCCUUAUCCGGUCUUGGUCGAGCGUUAUGCUAGAUUCGGGCUUCAUCGUUACAAUAUGUGCAAUGCGACAAAUUUGCAGUUCCACCACCUAAAGAAAGUCAGCCUUACAAUGAUUUGUCAGGCCAUUUACUUCAUAACUUUGGCUGCUUGCGAUCCAGCAACUAGCCCCGUGACCCUUGAGCUUGGAGUUGCUGAAGGAUGUCGUAAGCCCGGUCGCAGUUUGAGUUUGACGUGCUUUAUUGCUAGGCCUCUAGGUACCCCUAGUGAGCCGGUCCAACUUCCUAAUACUGAACUGGUGGUGGUGGAUGAUGCCCAAUUGCCUUGUUGGCCGUCAGAUUUCAAUGAUACUCAACGAUUUUACGAGGUCAAGGAAUCAGAGUUGCAAGACAAUGAUUGGAUUCGUCUAAAUUUGGAACUUGCACUUUGUACAAACGAUAGGAACCUUGAAGUUAGCGAUCUGUCCCAGUUGCAGAUUGUCAACGUUUUAAUAGAAGGUAUUCAAGGAAAUGCCACACUCCAAGCCGCAGCUGCUAAUGUCUACAUAACGUUUAAGGGCUUGGCCAUGUCUCGUGUUGGUGAGCUUGGUGAGCAUGUUGUUCGCAAAGUUAUCAUUAGAAGAGCCAUCAAUGAGCUUACUGGAUGCAUGACUCUCCUGGGUGGGUAUGGGUUUUCCAUUGGAGAAGCAACUGAGGAGCGUUUUAUACCUCGCCCAAGCUUCAUAAGUUUGUAUGAAGCAGGUAAUAUCGUCCCUUUCCGGGGUCCUAUGACUGGUCCACCACUGGGGGGCUUUAUCGGGAGGAAGGCGAUAGAGUUAGGCCUCUUCCCAGACUAUCGACAAGAUUGA